AUGUUCAAGCUUCUUCUUACCGCGACGUUGCUGUGGGUGCUCCCCGAAGUCGCUUUCGGGGUCAACGGAACCGUCCGUGCUGGUGUUGGCUCCCAAGCUCUAAAGGAUGGCAUUGUCGACAGUUCUGUUGAUAACCUUGACGAUGCCCUGCUUCUCAACCAGGUCGAUUCACGCCACCGACAGCUGGCUGGACCCGUCGUUGCUCUUUUAUGGAAGGCUGGUUCUGCUAUAGGAACAGGGGAAUACGAGGACGACGAUCCUGCUACUAUUGAAGGGACAGUGAAAGUGGCUACCAAGAUUGGCAAUGUGGAUGCUUGGAAUUUUUCGCUGACAUUCCGGUAUGAGGACGGUUGGACUGAGGAUGGGUUGUUCCUGAAUGGGUGGGUGAAACAUCUCAUGAAGCCGACAGCGCCAGGACACGAACGCGACCUUGGAACGUUCGGGAGGGAAAUUGUCGUUUCGAAUUAUAUCAAGAACGAAUGGAACUCGGACGCAACGAUUGGAUCCAAUGGUGGGAGGCCAUGGGAAAAGCAUCCCGGCGACGUACAUUACGACUGCGUGACCAAAAACUUCAUGGAAACUGUAGGAAGCAUCAAUAGUUGGUCGUUUGUGCUCGUGGCUUCUCAUGUGGACAGCCUUGAAGCCAAGGGCGAUCCCCAUUUCCAGACUUGGAGUGGCCGUGGGUUCGACUAUCAUGGGGAGUGUGAUUUGGUGUUGCUGUCAGCGCCAAACUUCCUGUACGGUCCACUUGACAUUCACAUUCGCACCAAGAGUCGCUAUGACUACUCCUACAUUGAGACGGCAGCCGUUCGAAUUGGAGAGGAUAUCCUAGAAGUAUCCAGUUGGGGAGAUUAUGCCCUCAAUGGAGUGGACGGAGCGUUAGGUCCAAAUGGACAUGAGGUUCCCAUUUUGGGAGGGUACAGUGUCAGCUACAGACAAGCUGAUGACAAGAGACAUGUCUUCGAGAUUCGAAAUGAUAAAGUUGGAGCGCACAUCAAGGUCUCUUCUUUCAAAGAUUGGGUCAAUGUCGAGGUGCUGCCGGUCCCCCCAGAGAGCUUUGUCGGGAGCUUUGGCUUGAUGGGAAGCUUCCCUACCGGCCAGAUGUUGGCUCGAAAUGGGAAGACUGUCAUGGACGAUCCAAAAGCUGUCGGCCAAGAGUGGCAAGUCCUUCCUUCUGAGCCCAGCCUCUUUCGGGUCGCCUCUUCGGGCUCCGAUCGAUGCAUUCUACCUGAUCAAGUCAAGGCCAGCAAAGCCCGUCGUCGACUAGGAGAGUCUGUCUCCCGUAGCCAAGCGGAAGUAGCCUGCGUCAAAUCCUCUCGCUUUAAAGACUUGGAAAAUUGCAUCUUUGAUGUCAUGGCCAGCGGAGACAUCGAAAUGGCUCUCAAUGGCUUGUGA